UCUUAAAAUAAAAUAAAAUAAAUUUAUUUUUGCAAUAAAAAGAGAUAAUGCUUUUAAUAAUGGGCCACUCCCAUCAUAAUCAUCACGGUGAGGGGUUGGCCACUAAGAAUUAAGUAGCAUGUUUCUCUAAUCUUUUCUUCGCCACUCACCCUCUCGGCGCGUUUCACGCCAACACAGAUCCUCCGCCAUCACAACUUACACCACACGCCAUGGAACCCAGCAAGCACCACAACAACACCAAGAACACAAACUGCUUCCUCCCACUCAUCCUCUUAUCCACCUUUCUCCUUCUCCUUUCCCUUCUCGCUUCCUCCACCUCCUCCUCCCAACGCCGCCACCACCGCGCCCGAGUCCCGCCGGAAAAGCCACAUUUCGUGGAGUCGAAGCUCAAGGUGAGUCCAACAUCGACGAGCGCGGUGCCGCGAAUCGCAUACCUGAUCUCGGGGUCGGCGGGCGACGGGGAGAGUUUGAAGAGGACGCUGAAGGCUCUGUACCAUCCGUGGAACCACUACGCGGUGCACUUGGACCUCGAGGCCUCGGCAAGGGAGAGGUUGGAGCUCGCGAAUUUCGUGACCAACGAGCCUCUCUUUGUGAAAUUCGGAAAUGUGAGAACGGUGGUUAAGGCCAACUUGGUUACCUACAGAGGGCCCACUAUGGUCGCUAAUACCCUUCACGCCGCCGCCGUUUUGUUGAACCAAGCUCGGGAUUGGGAUUGGUUCAUUAAUUUGAGCGCUUCCGAUUAUCCUUUGGUAACCCAAGAUGAUUUGCUGCAUACGCUGUCGUCUAUUCCCAGGCACCUGAACUUCAUUGAACACACCAGUGAUAUUGGUUGGAAGGAGUACCAUAGAGCCAAGCCAGUCAUACUUGAUCCAGGUCUUUAUAGUUUGCAGAAAUCUGAUGUAUUUUGGGCCUCGGAGAAAAGAAAUGUGCCCACGGCUUAUAAACUCUUUACAGGUUCUGCCUGGAUGAUGCUCUCUCGCCCAUUUACUGAAUACUGUAUAUGGGGUUGGGAUAACUUACCCAGAAUAGUCUUGAUGUACUAUGCCAACUUUCUGUCUUCCCCAGAAGGGUAUUUUCACACAGUCAUCUGCAAUGCAGAGGAGUUUCGAAACACUACUGUUAAUCAUGACCUCCACUUCAUAUCAUGGGACAACCCUCCAAAACAACAUCCCCAUUUUCUUACAGAUAAUGAUUACCAGAGAAUGGUGGAUAGCAAUGCUCCUUUUGCUAGGAAAUUUGGCAGGAACGAACCAGUCUUGGAUAAGAUUGAUAAGGAACUCUUGGGAAGAAAUGCAGAUGGUUACGUGCCCGGUAAAUGGUUCACUCAAACAAAUUCAAGCACCAUUGACCAAUAUUCUGGGAUAGGAAAUAUCACCGAACUUAGGCCUGGGCCUGGAGCUGAAAGGCUUGGACGCCUUAUCAGUGGUUUAUUAUCAGCAGAAAAUUUUCAGGCAAAUCAGUGUUCUUGACACCUGACUUUGGAAUGCCUAUGACGUUCAUUGCAGCUUUUCCAUCACCGAACAGCUGAGAGGCGAACAAUUCAUUUAUCAUUUGACGCCUGGAGGAUGCUGUGAGGAAUAAACAGCAGGGAAAACAGAAAUGGCUACCUUCGACUUGAUGGUUCUACAGAGAAAUUUUAAAAGGACCACGAGUGUGCUGUCACUAUGUAUCAGCAGUUCACACGAUUUGUUAAACUGUAAGGAAUGACAAGUCAUCGAUGCAACUGUUGUAACCAUCAAUUAUGUAAUACGUAGGCAUGAUGCUUGCUAGGCAGAAACUGAAAUAAGUCAGUGUAAAAUAUUCUCCAAAUUCUUUAUGCGAUGAUAUGUUAACUUCA